CUCAUUCCCUCCCAAUCCUCUCCCUCCAUCCCUCAGUCCCUCGGUCCCUCCACUGCCCCUGCACCAUGGGGCCUGCCUCAGGCCCCAGCCUGCUGCUGCUGCUGGCCAACCUCCCCCUGCUGCUGGGGGAGCCCCUGUUCUCCAUGAUCACCCCCAACAUCCUGCGGCUGGGGAACCAGGAGACCGUGGUGCUGGAGGCCCACGACCUGAACCAGGAUGUUGAAGUCAUGGUCACCGUCCACGACUUCCCGGCCAAGAAGCAAGUGCUGUCCAACGAGAAAACAGAUCUGACCAGCGCCAAUGACUACAUGAGCACCGUCACCAUCAGGAUCCCGGCCGACAAGGAGUUAGUAUCAGAGAGGGGAAACAGAUUCGUGACUAUCCAGGCGGACUUUGGGGCCACCAUGGUGGAGAAGGUGGUGCUGAUCAGCCCUCAGAGCGGGUACCUCUUCAUCCAGACAGACAAGACCAUCUACACCCCAGGAUCCACAGUCCUCUAUCGGAUCUUCACCUUGGACCACAGCCUGCUGCCCGUGGGUCGGAGUGUUAUCGUCGUCAUCCAGGUACCAGCCAGCCAGGACACUGUCCGCCUCCUUCCCUUGACACUCCUCUCCCGGGCAGGGAUCUGCGUGGCUGACCCCUAUGAGGUCACAGUGAUGCAAGACUUCUUCAUUGACCUGCGGCUACCCUACUCUGUCGUGCGCAAUGAGCAGGUGGAGAUCCGAGCCGUGCUCUACAAUUACCAGGAAGUGGGGGAGCUCAAGGUCAAGGUGGAACUGCUCUACAACCCAGCCUUCUGCAGCAUGGCCACCUCCAAGAAGCGCUACCAGCAGACUGUAGAAAUCCCAGCCAAGUCCUCAGUGGCCGUGCCUUAUGUCAUUGUGCCUUUGAAGGUCGGCCUACAUGAGGUGGAGGUCAAGGCCGCUGUUUACAGGCAUUUCAUCAGCGAUGGUGUCAAGAAGACCCUGAAGGUCGUGCCCGAGGGAGUCAGAGUCAACAAGACUGUGGCCAUUCACACACUGAAUCCAGAACAGAAGGGCCAAGGGGGAGAGCAGCAAGUGAAGGUCCGUGCGGCAGACCUGAGCGACCAAGUCCCAGACACAGAUUCUGAGACCAGGAUCCUCCUGCAAGGGACCCCGGUGGCUCAGAUGGCAGAGGACGCCAUCGACGGGGAACGUCUGAAGCACCUCAUCGUGACCCCGUCGGGCUGCGGGGAGCAAAACAUGAUCGGCAUGACGCCCACUGUCAUCUCGGUGCAUUACCUGGACCAAACCGAGCAGUGGGAGAGGUUCGGCCUGGAGAAGCGGCAGGAGGCCUUGGAGCUCAUCAAGAAGGGGUACACCCAGCAGCUAGCCUUCAGACAAGGCAACUCGGCCUUCGCUGCCUUCCCGAAGCGGGAGUCCAGCACCUGGCUGACAGCCUACGUGGUCAAGGUCUUCUCUCUGGCCGCCAACCUCAUCGCCAUCGACGCCCAGGUCCUCUGCGGGGCGGUCAAAUGGCUGAUCAUAGAGAAGCAGAAGCCCGACGGGAUCUUCAACGAGGAUGGGCCAGUGAUUCACCAAGAGAUGACUGGUGGCGUGCGGGAUUCUAAGGAGAAGGAGGCAUCCCUCACAGCCUUUGUUCUCAUUGCACUGAAAGAGGCUGAAGAUAUUUGUGAAGGACAGGUCAACAGCCUGCCGGGCAGCAUCAAUAAGGCAGGACAAUAUCUUGCAGCCCACUACGAGAACCUGCAGGGAUCAUAUUCUGUGGCCAUUGCUGGCUACGCCCUCGCCCAGCUAGGCAAGCUGGAGGGAAACCUCCUCAGAAAAUUUCUGAGCACAGCCAAAGACAGGGAGCGCUGGGAGGAACCUGGCCAGAAGCUCUACAGUGUGGAAGCCACAUCCUACGCCCUCUUGGCCCUGCUGCUGCUCAAAGACUUUGACUUUGUACCUCCUGUCGUGCGCUGGCUCAAUGAGCAGAGAUACUAUGGGGGUGGCUAUGGCUCCACCCAGGCCACCUUCAUGGUAUUCCAAGCCUUGGCCCAAUACCAGAAGGAUGUCCCUGACCACAGGGACCUGAACCUGGAGGUGGCCAUCAAACUGCCCAGCCGAAGCUCUGUCAUCAAGCACCGCAUUGUCUGGGAAUCUGCUAGCCUCCUGCGGUCAGAAGAGACCAAGAAAAAUGAGAAUUUCGAAGUAAUAGCUAAAGGAAAAGGAGAAGGCACCUUGUCGGUGGUGACAAUGUACUAUGCCAAGCUCAAAGGCCAAGCCUCCUGCCGGAAGUUUGACCUCAGGGUUGACAUUCAACGAGCCCUUGAAGAUGUCAAGAGGCCUCAGGACGCCAAGAGCACCAUGAUCCUUAACAUCUGUACCAGGUACCUAGGAGACCAGGAUGCUACCAUGUCGAUCCUGGAUAUAUCCAUGAUGACUGGCUUUUCUCCUGACCUUAGUGAUCUCAACGAGUUGAACAAUGGUGUCGAGAAAUACAUCUCUAAGUACGAGCUGAAUAAGGCCUUCUCCAAUAAGAACACCCUCAUCAUCUACCUGGACAAGAUCUCGCAUAACCACGAGGACUGUCUAUCCUUCAAAGUGCACCAGUACUUUAAUGUGGGGUUGAUCCAGCCUGGAUCAGUCAAGGUGUACUCCUAUUACAACCUGGAUGAGAAUUGCGUCCGGUUCUACCACCCAGAGAAGGAAGACGGGUUGCUGAGCAAGCUCUGCCACCAGGACAUGUGCCGCUGUGCUGAGGAGAACUGCUUCAUGCAGCAGGUGGACAAGGUCACCCACGCGUACCGGCUGGACAAGGCCUGUGAGCCCGGCAUAGACUAUGUGUACAAGACCAGGCUCCUCAGGAAGGAGCCCUCGGAUGACUUCGACGACUACAUCAUGGUCAUCGAGCAGAUCAUCAAAUCAGGCUCGGAUGAGGUGCGGGUUGCCCAGGAGCGCAGGUUCAUCAGCCACAUCAAGUGCAGAGAAGCCUUAAAGCUGCAGGAGGGGAAAUACUACCUAAUGUGGGGCGUCUCCUCCGACCUGUGGGGAGAGAAACCCAACAUCAGCUACAUCAUCGGGAAGGACACAUGGGUGGAGCUGUGGCCUCAGGCCGAAGAAUGCCAGGAUGAGGAGAAUGAGAAACAGUGCCGAGACUUGGCCAGCUUCGCUGAGGACAUGAUCGUCUUUGGCUGUCCCAACUGACCCCUCCCCACAGUCCCCACAAUAAAGCCGCAGUUAUAUGUCA